AUACAACAAUUCACACCCCAUAUGCACUCGCAUCAGAGACAUAUCGGAGUUAGGAUGCCUCCUUCAGAUCCUAUGAAAAAUAAAUGUUAAUAAGUUCUGCCAUGUCGCUGCUUCAUCUCACAUCGGCGUCUCAUUCCAAAAAGCUUGAUGCCCGAUGGCAGGCCCAGUGGAUACAGGACAAAGAAGGAGGGGAAAGUCACACAGGAGUGGCUAGCUGCAGGAGGAGCCAGCUAGUACAAGGAUCACAAGUCACGUGACUUACAAGGGUGGAUCAUUUGGAU